AUGGAAAAUGUAUCAGGAGUGACAUCAUUCAUAUUGGCUGCAUACAUUGAAAUGGAAGAUCUUCGCUAUGUAUACUUCACAAUUUUUCUUUUGUUGUACAUACUGAUACUUUUUGUGAAUGUAAGUCUCAUUGUUAUAAUUUACAUUGAGAAAGAUUUACAUGAACCCAUGUUUAUCUUUGCUUGCAACUUAGCUGUGAAUGGAGUGUAUGGAAGCACAACUUUAAUGCCAUCACUACUUCAUUAUUUACUGUCUCAUACAUAUGAAAUAUCUCUGACCUGUUGUCUAGUACAGAUAUUUUGUUUACACACAUAUGCUAUAAUUGAAUUUACUAUUUUAGCAGUGAUGGGCUAUGACCGGUAUGUUGCCAUAUGUCACCCUUUACACUAUCACCUCAUUGUGUCUCCCAGAAAGGUAUAUAUGCUAAUUACAUUCUCUUGGGUUUAUCCCUGUGUUUAUUUUAGUGUGUAUUUCAUAAUGACAAUACACAAUACAUUUUGUGGAAGGGUCAUAGACAAAGUAUAUUGUAUGAAUUAUGCACUAGUCAGACUGUCUUGUCGCGACACAACCAUUGACAGUCUUUUUGGAAUGAUAUCGGUCAUUUUUUUACCUGGUCCUCAGAUCGUCAUGAUACUUUUUUCUUAUGCCCAAAUUCUGAGAAUCUGUCUCCGUGCUUCUAAGGAAUCUCAAGCUAAAGCCAUUCAAACAUGCACCCCACACUUAGCAGCGGUGAUAAACUACUCUAUCGGAUGCUUAUUUGAACUCUUCCAGACUCGGUUUAACAUGACUUUUAUACCUUAUAAAGCACGCCUAUUCAUGGCCCUUUACUUUCUGAUAUUUCCUCCAAUGUUAAACUCUGCCCUAUAUGGAGUAAGCAUUAAAACUGUGAGAGUUCAGAUUUUCAAAAUGUUCAGGGGCAAGACAAAUGAGGUGAUUCCUUUAAAGUCUUGA